CAAGCUCGGUAGGUGCCGGCGUUUCGCGUAGAAGAAUUGCUGGCCGUGGCUCGGAUUCCGGCCGUGGAUAAGGAUUGAUGCACUCCAUCAUGAAAUGCUACAGGAGGAGGACGAAGGAAACACGAUAUGAAUGACAGCCAUCGCUUUUUUUUUUUCCCAUGAAGACUCGCACAGAGCGUCCAGGAAGCAGAGCAUCUGCGUGUUUAAUCACCGUCUGCUUCAUCCAGCAGGUCUAUCAAAGCACCGGAAUUACCUUACUUGUCCCGGAACCAAUCAUCAACGCUACGGUGUCACAAAACGUCCUGCUGUCCGUGCAGUAUACGUGUAACGCCACGGUCUCAAUAGAAUGGCAGCACACGUCCAACUGGCGGAGCGAGCGCAUCGUCCAUUGGAAGACGGGGUCCUUUGUAAACGUCUCCAAAGGUUACACGGACCGGAUUAAAAUCUACGAGAAUGGCUCGCUCGAACUUGAAGACGUCGGCGUGAAGGACUCUGGGUAUUAUGUCAUCACCGUCACGGAGGAUUAUGGGAACACAAAGCAUGGCACGAUAUUCCUAAGUGUUCAUGAGAUCCUCUACGAAGACUUCUACUUUGUCGCCGUGUUCAUUGCCUUCCUGGCCGCCGGCUCAGCGGUUUUGAUCUGCUUCAUGUGGCUUUGCAACAAAUGUAUAAAUAUUGCACAGAGAAGAAAACAAAGUCGAAGAGUGGAAGAAGAAAUCGAAAUGCGAAUAAUAACAGAUCUGUGAGAAGGCAUCUACCUCAAACUACAACGAUGAAGCUACUCAAGAUGAAUAAGUGUUUGCAAAUGAAGAAAAAACAA